AUGACAGUUCUAUUCCCAACCAACAGUUCCAGAACAGCCAACACCACAACAACAGAUACCACUAACAAUGAAGUCUUCAGUCCCGUAUCCCUUUCUGAUGCCGUGCCUACAACACAGGGAUAUAUCAAGCCCAAAGAAUCGGUGAGUGUAGUAGUGCUAGCCCCAUCCGACAUCGAGGACGAAAGCGAAGGGCGAGGAUCAUGGCAUCACGCGUCGGUUCACAUAGUCACCGCCAGUAUUGGUACCGGUAUCCUGGGCCUCUCUAAAGCCUUUGGUCAACUCAAUUUGAUCACAAGUGCUCCAGGCCUCGGGCGCAGGCUAAAGACAUUCCUGGAAGUCGGCGCAUACGCAUGGGGCAACAAGAUUGUCAACUAUAUCCUCACUCCUCUACAGUUGUUCAACUGUGUAGGUACUGGAAUCGCCUACCUGAUUGUAGCGGGGCAAAACAUACAAAAGUCCUUUCAGGGCAUGUCGUUAGUAGGCGCCAUCAUGAGUAUGGUCUACGCCCUGAUCGCCAUUGUACUGUGUUUCGUUUUGUAUGGAAGUCCAGAUAUCUCACCAGAGCCAACAUAUGAAAUCAGUACAGGCGUAGACGCCAUGUGGAACAUGUUUUUAGGCAUCUCCACGGUUGCAUUCCUUUUCGGAAUGCAGGCCAUUCAGCCCGAUAUUCAGAAUACACUUCGCAGAGAGAAUCCUACCUCCGAGAUUGGCUAUAUGCGCGGUUUGGCCGGUGCAUACAGUGUUACGAUCCCUCUGUAUGUUCUCAUUGGAGUAGCGGGCUACCUGACAUUCGGAGCAGCAGUGUCAUCAGAUAUUCUGGUGAGCAUCAGCGAUGUCGCCACCGGGUCUGUGGUCAAGGCUUUCAUUACCAUUGCGCAGGUGACGGUUGUUGUCCAUGUCAUUGUGGCUUACCAGGUCUGGUCGAUGCCCGUUUACGCUCUAUUUGAACAAUGGAGGGCCAAGUAUAUCAACAGAAAUAAGGAAAACCUACCCCAGCGAUCUAUUGAAAAGCCCGUAACCGGCGAAAAACUUUCAUCUUCCUCGAACCAAGUUGAAAGCUCAUUGACUGUCGAACCCGCCGAUGUGGUAAAGUCCAAAUUUAGUCUGAACCUAUCACUCAGUCCAACUAUAAUUGCUAUCCGGUUUGCGUACGUGGGUUUCUGCGGGUUCGUAGCCAUGGCAAUACCUUUUUUUGGAGACAUCAUGGCUUUGAAUGGUUCCGUAGCCAUCGUCCCUCUAUGUUUCAUCUGUCCUAUCAUCCUGCGAUUCACUGGCGAGGACCGUGCGAGUAUAAAUACACCAGAGAAGGUGUGGGCUCUGUUUAUUUUGAUUGUCAUGUGCACAAUAGCAGUGGUGGGUGGUAUCUCGGCGGUCAGACAAAUUGUUCUGGAUGCUGGUACAUACCAGCUGUUUAUGUAA